AUGAGUGGUAAUCAGUUUUCACCAUGGCACGACAUGCAAAAUCUAUUCAAGCUAUCAUGCGCUGAUGCAGAGACCUGUAACCAAAUGACUAGCAUGGAAACACCGGUGCCUCCUCUCCAACGAGCUGACACGGAGAUCAGUACUAGAAAGAUGGCAAUACCGCGCCUUGCAGAAGGCGCUGAGUCGGUCUUCACCUCCCCAGGCAGGUUCCACCGUCGUCAUGUCCGUCGAGCAUGUGAGUCUUGUCGGCAGAGAAAGACCAAGUGCACUGGAGAUAAAUCUGGCUGUCGCAAUUGCCGUGAGGUAGGCAUUAUUUGCUGCUACACUGAUGGGAAGAGAGAGAAGUCCAAGCGGCAACUUGCAAGUCUUUCUGCUAAGGUGCAGGCAUAUGAAGAUGUCAUAAAGAAAUUGAGUGAUCGCUUUGGCGUUUCGGAUGAGAAACUUGUGAACAUUGCUUUGACAGCGGAGCCGUCUUCUGGUCUGGAGCUUAGUUCCGAUGCUGGCACAGGAGUAGGGGAACGAAAGCUUUCCUGGACUUCGGCGUCGGGAUUGGAAUCAUCACCUACUCGGGCCUCAUCUGUUGCUCCAUCAGAGCUACUCGACCACACGGAAGAAGACUUUAACAGAGACGAGACUUCUCGCGCAACGGGAUUCAUUGGGAAGAGCUCCGAGAUCACCUGGCUGCAAAAUCUUAGUAAAGAGGUCACCAAUGAAGUGGAAGGAUGGUCUGCGAGCAUGUCAAACUCAGGGUAUAAUAAUGGUCUACCGUCACCAAAGCUGACUCCUCACCCAGAGAAUCCAAGCGAUCCCUGGUUGUCGUCUUCGAACUACUACCUCGAUGACUUGGAUAUUCCUGCUGCAGAUCCAGGCGAUGCAUCUGAAGUGCCAUCGUGUGAAACAGCUACGAAAUUGCUGAAUACCUACCUGACUUCCGUGCACCCGUCGUUUCCAAUCAUCGGAGUCUCUACAUUUGUAUCGCAAUUCCAGGUCUUCUUCAGUCAGCCGACUCUCAAUCCUGGAAACAAGUGGCUUUCCAUACUCAAUCUCAUAUUUGCAAUUGCUUCCAAAUUUGGGCAGCUGACAGAUGCCGAUUGGAAGGAGGGCGAGGAUGACCAUGAGUUCUACUUCGGACGGGCCAGGACUUUGUCGCUGGAGGGCCAAUUUCUACGCCAUUCUGAUCUCCAGCAGCUUCAGGUGGAGGGACUUGCCUGCUUUUACAUGAUUUCGUCCGGCCACAUCAACCGGGCUUGGAAGCUAUCUGGCAGUGCAGUUCGAGGAGCAUUGGCUCUUGGUCUCCAUCUACGGAACUUGGGAUCAUGCACUUCUGAUACGUCCAAGGAAAUCAGAUACCGUGUUUGGUGGUCCCUAUACACCAUCGAGCACCUUCUCUCAGUCAUGACUGGACGCCCAUCCUGCAUAAUAGAUAGCUCUACCACAACUCCUCUUCCCGUGCCCUUCGACGAAAGUGAGUUCCAAAAAGACGAUGUUGCCCACAUGAUUAGCACCGCCGGACGGAGCCUUUUAAGCCAGGUGGAUCGAGUUCCACUCAGCAAUAGCAAAAUUGCAGCCAACCUAGACUCAUCGACCGACUCUGACAUCACUGAAACUCCUACGGCUAGCGAUACGAAGAUCAGCCGCACAGAAUAUCUCAAGAGCCUUCCACCGUGCAUGUCGCUCUACUUCCUGCAAUUGACUUCAUUGACCAAAAUUGCCAAGCGAAUGACAGUCAAGUUGUACGGCCCAGAGGCCCAGCAGUCCCCAUGGGCUACUACUGAGUUCACUAUUCGAAGUCUGAUGCUUGAUCUGGACUCGUGGUUUAUGGACCUUCCAACUGCCUAUGAUUUUACUUCUACGCAGACAUCUCAAUGCCCUCUUAGCCAACGCAUGAAUCUGGCGUUCCUGUUUUACAGUACCAAGGUGGGGAUUACCCGUCCCUGUCUGUGUCGCCUCGAUCCUGCAUCUGCAGAGGGCGAUAAGACGCAUGAGUCCUGUACCAAGACAGCGACUGAGUGUGUUGAGGCUGCAUGCCACAUGCUCACUCUGUUUCCGGAUACCCCUGACGCGGCCAUGCUCUACAAUAUCUCUCCUUGGUGGUGCACACUGCAUUAUCUAAUGCAAGCAGCUACAGUCCUGCUCCUUGAACUUGCUUUCCAUGCACAACAUGUUCCCGAAAGGGCAAUGAUGGUAUCAAAGGUGGCCAAAAAGGCACUGGACUGGCUUUCGACACUGUCAAAGACGAACAUAGCGUCCAAGCGGGCCUGGAAGCUGUGUGAUGGAUUUCUUCGCCGCCUCGCUCCUCACGUCGGUAUCGAUGUGAGCGAGCUUUCGGAUAAUGAAAAUGAUGAGUCGUCAGUCACUUCUUUCUUCGGCGCUCCCAAGACUACCGAUGCGAGCCAGAUGGUGGAGCUAGAUGAUGUUACCUUUGAUCCAUCUGCAGUUUUGCCCAUCGUCACACCGACUGCAGGUUCUGUUAAUGCGGAUAUGGAUUCUAUCGCAUGUUCACCCAUGGAUCAGUUUGGCCCUCCGCUUGAAAUACCGGUUUCAUUGGAGAUUGAGCCGGAUAUAUUGGAGCAAUUUCAGAAGCCAGAGACUUGUGAGUCUGAGAGAAGUUCUUAUGAUGACUAUUUUCCCUAUGAUCCUGCUACUGGCCAGAUGACGGGCUCAUUCUUCCCUGCUGGAAGUAACGUUGAUUUUGACAUGGGCUCUUAUUGGAAUGAUCCUAUCUAUUGA